GCGUUCACUGCGAUCCAGACUGUUACAGAACGGAGGGGUCGACAGCACCAGGUCGCAGUUAAGUCAUGAACUUCUUCACGUCUAUCUGUUAAGAGCUCACAGCUGGGACGGGCCCUCCCGGGUCUUUCUGCGGGGUUGUGCAUGGACCUGGUAGCCCUUCAACCAUGCCUGUGACAUCUCAGCUGCUCAGGGGUUUCCCCCGUGCGACGGCCUUGGCCUCCAGCCUGUUACCAUGCCAACAACACCAGGCCCAGUCAGGACCCGUCGCUCACCGACCCCCUUCAGGGCGGCCGUCCCGUAUGUGGCACGGCCACCAGCACUCCCGAAGUUACCAGACGACCUCAGUGCUCGGCAGCUACAUCCUUUCCCCCCCGCAGGUCAACUCUAUUCUGAAGGCCAACGAGUACAGCUUCAAGGUGCCUGAGUUUGAUGGGAAGAAUGUGUCGUCGGUGAUGGGUUUUGAGAGUAAUCAGCUGCCGGCCAACGCUCCCAUAGAAGACCGCCGCAGUGCGGCCACGUGUCUGCAGACGCGAGGGAUGCUGCUGGGUGUGUUUGAUGGCCAUGCUGGCUGCGCCUGUGCACAGGCGCUGAGUGAGAGGUUGUUUUACUACAUUGCCGUGUCCAUGCUGCCGCACAACACAUUGUGUGAGCUGGAGGCGGCGGUGGAGGCCGGCCGGGCGCUCAGCCCCAUCCUGCAGUGGCACAAACACCCCAACGACUACUUCAGCAAGGAGGCUCAGACUCUCUACUUCAACAGCCUCCGGACCUACUGGCAGGAGUUGAUAGAUCUCACCAGCCCGGGGGAUAUUCCAGAAACCCGCGAGGCGCUGCUGAAUGCCUUCAAGAGGCUGGACAGUGACAUUUCUCUAGAGGCUCAGGUUGGAGACCAAAAUGCUUACCUGCAUUACUGGGUUCUGAGAGUUGCCUUUUCUGGAGCGACGGCCUGCGUGGCUCACAUCGAUGGAUCAGACCUGUAUAUAGCAAACUCCGGGGACGCCCGGGCGGUGCUGGGGGUGCAGGCGGAGGAUGGUUCGUUCAGCGCUCACACACUCUCUAAUGACCACAGCGCCCAAAACGAGGAAGAGGUGGCUCGGAUACGAGGUGAACACCCUCCAUCAGAGAGGAAGACCGUGAUCCGACAGGACCGUUUGCUCGGCCUCCUCAUGCCGCUACGUGCAUUUGGGGAUGUGAAGUUCAAGUGGAGUAUUGAACUGCAGAAGGGCGUGUUGGAAUCCGGACCUGAUCAGCUCCAUGAAAACGAGCACACCAAGUUCAUCCCUCCAAACUACCACACCCCCCCCUACCUGACCGCCGAGCCGGAGAUCACGUACCACAAACUGCGGCCACAGGAUCGCUUCCUGGUCAUCGGCUCUGAUGGCCUCUGGGAGACCCUCCACAGACAGGAAGUGGUUCGUAUUGUCGGGGAGUAUUUGACAGGGGUGCACCUGCGUCAGCCCCUCAAAGUCGGCGGAUACAAAGUCACCCUGGGACAGAUGCAGGGGCUGCUCGACGAGAGGAAGGCUCGCAUGUCUUCGGCUUUCGAGGAUCAGAACUCGGCGACUCACCUGAUCCGUCACGCGGUGGGAAACAACGAAUUCGGCACGGUUGACCACGAGAGGCUGUCAAAAAUGCUGUCGUUGCCCGAGGAGCUGGCUCGCAUGUACCGCGACGACAUCACCAUCAUCAUCUCUCAGUUCAACCCUCACGUGAUUGGAGGACAGAGGCCAGAAGAGCAGAGCUGAGUUGUAUUAAAGGGCGCGCACUUGUGUAACUGUGUACAUUUACACAUGGGUACACUCUGUGGACAAAAAGGUCAUACUAAGAAAACAUCUGUCCAGCAGCUGGAAGAAUUGUUUUAACUUUAAUUAUAUAAGGAAUUUGUUUGUAUGCAGUGCUAGAGGAGACCCGGCUUCCUCAUGAAGGUAAAGUUAUCUUCCCUGGAUUGAAGUGUCAUAUUUACAUACAUAUAUAUACACAACAUGCUAUUUGUGAAGCUCAAAUCCUCUGGCUUCAUAGCCAUUUAUCUACGUUGCUAAAAAUACAUUGUUACAGAAAAGUGUCAACUUCCUUGUUUGCUGAAAGACGAUGCAGGGGUGAGACUCUCCGAGGUAGUUGAGGACGUCCUGACUUGACCUGCUUCUCUUGCCAUUUGAUCUCCUUCUCUUCUCUCGGGGGUUAUUUGCCUCCCGGGCACAAUUUAUCUUACUUUCAGAAUCUGUUACAACUUGGGACUGUUUCAUCUGUAUGUUUUUAUUCAUUGUAUGUCAGAGUAUGAUAUAGUCAUACUGUCCAAAUGUAAACCUUUAUACUUAAGUCUGUGGGUAUUUAGAUGAGGAUGAUGAUGAUUACACACUGGCUUUCACGUAAAACAGUGACUGUCAAGUUAACUACUGACUUUAAGCUCAUAUGUGUGUACAUCCAAAUUGGGUUAACAAUUUAGUCCCCUAAAUUAGACUCGAGAGAUAACACUGAUAAUGCAGUGCUUACCACGCUGCGUUGCACACUCUAAUGAACCCAGAGAUCGGUUUCAGGGGUUCCAAGAUGAUCAAAAACUGAUCUAUUUUAAAUCAAAACUGGAUACCUUUAAAUUCCCUUGAGUAUUUCACAAGCCAAAAGUUUGGAAACCACCAAGCCAGAGUUUGUUUUCAUUUCUAAUCUUAUAUGGUGGAGCAAAAUGUACGGAGUCAUGCAGUGUGCACCACUGCUUGUAGGGGUUAGAAGUAACAAUUAUGUGUAUUAUACUCAAGUCAGUGAGUAGUCAUGCUAGUGAGUAGUUUAUGUUUGACAGGUCCUUUAGAAAGUUGAGUUGGGUUCGUAUUAAUCAUUUUGACAAAAAAAACGAGUGAGCAGAAUGUACAUUUCGUGAAACACUAAGUGGUAAACAUUUAUUCAGCUCUUUAUGUUACAUGGCUUUUCUAAAGUCGUAUGUAUAAAUUAUGCGUUAUAAGUUAUGCGGGUUACAUUUUGUAUGUGGAACGGUUUAAUAAAACACUGAAUACGC